CUGAAAAAUCUUUCCUUUUCUGUAUCACUCUGUAUCAUAAGUAGAAGUAACAGCAAUAGUAUUGAACUAUUGGGUUUUCAUUUCAAACAAUUUAUUUAUUGGAUUUUUGAUCUUUUUGAUCUUUCUCUCUCUCCACUAGUUCAGCUGUAAGCUUAUCUCCAAGAUUUGUUACCUGAGAGAGACAAAAAUUCUCUCACUUUCUCUCUCUCUAUAUACAUAUAUAUGUACACCGCUCAGCCUCUCUGUUACUGGUGUUCUUUAAUGCGAUAUUUUUGGGUCUCUGAGAUCAUGCAAGGCACUUCUCUGAGCUGCAUUUCUCUCUGUUUAUUUUGAUUAGAUUCACUCAUAUUUUUGAAAUGCAGACCGAUAUCGAUUCAACCCCUUAGGGUUUUGGGGCUGUAUUCACCACUGUGAUCAAAACUGAGUGAAGAAGGAAGAUUAUUUAAUUUUCGAAAAUUCGUGGUGUUCUGGGCGAAUUGUGGUGGUGUUGGGUGAUUUGGUUUCGCAUUUGGUUUGAAUAAAUAUUAGAGUUUCUUUGGAGUUUUAAGCCACUCAUUGCUUGCUGGGCCUCGGGCAGAGAGGAACACAUUUCGCCAUUGUUGAACUAUCAGCUCAAGUUUAAGGUUUUCUGGGUUACAAUUGGACCAGGUAAUAAUCUUGUUUUGCACCUGAAUUGUAUUGAUUCUACAUUGAUUUACUCCACCAUAGAAUUAGAACCAUUAUUGUUUGGAAAAGAUUCUGAAUUUUUGCAUAUUUCAAUCAGUUUUUUUGGUUCUCUAUUGGGGAUACUGAUUGAAUAAUUAGGGUUUUCUUCUACGAAAGGUGGAAUGGUGGAAAUUUCUCACCUCAAUUCUCUUUUAGAAAGGACUCAUAAGGGGAAGGGAAAAAAAAUAUGUGAGCCUCAAGGUUUGAAGCUUUAAUGCUGCUUUUUUAUUCAGUUUGAUAAAUUUAUUGUGUAGUGAGUACCAGUUUGAGCUCAUUCAACAAUUAGGAUCGUCAGCAAAUAUAUUUUUAGAAGUGGGUUAGGAGUGAGUUUGAAGCUUCUUUGCUCUCUUGGACCACAAAUCUGUUUUAAAUUUUUGUUUACUGUGGUACUCUGGAUCUGAGUGUAAACUCUGUAUUUUGGGGUUGACUUUUUAGUCUGUCUGGGAUCGACCGGGUUAGAUUGAUUGGCAUUGUGCUGGUUUUCAACACUAAAAAGCAUCGAUGGGACUUCUCCAUAGAAGUCUCGCGAUGCUUCCCCUUUUGAUAUGGUUCUGCUUGUUGUCAAAGCUCAGAGCUCAAUCCUUUGGGUCUUCAACAGGCCCUGCAAGGGCUUUAGAUGCACUUCUCCAAGAUUAUGCUUACCAGGCAUUUGUUAAUCCGAAGACUGGCAUUCCAUUUAAUGGGGAUCCGCCGUCAAAUUUAACCGGGAUUAAGAUUUCAGCAAUGAGGCUCAGGAGUGGAAGCUUAAGGAGACAUGGUGUUCGUACAUACAAAGAAUUUGGCAUUCCUGUGGGUGUGAUUGAAGAGCCAUACGUGAAGAGGCUUGUUCUGGUCUAUCAAAACUUGGGCAAUUGGUCCAUGAUGUAUUAUCCUUUACCCGGGUACAUGUAUUUAGCUCCUGUAUUGGGUCUCCUUGCUUAUGAUGCUUCGAAUCUAUCAGCCAAAAAUUUACCUGAAUUGAAUAUCAGUGCUUCUGCUCAACCCAUAUCAAUCAACUUUUCUGAUGUGAAAUUGGUGCCGGAUGGGUCAGUUGCGAAGUGCGUUUGGUUUGACUUAGAUGGUUUGGCCAAUUUCAGCAAUGUAAUAUCUGGCAAUAUAUGUUCAACCUUUCAACAGGGGCACUUCUCUAUUGUGGUUGAGGGUCCAAAAGCGAGUGGCGGAGAAAAGAAGAAUAAUAAUAAGGUCUGGAUUAUUGUUGGAUCGGUGCUUGGUGGUUUGGGGGCGUUUGUUUUGUUGGGAUUCCUGGUGUUGUGGGUGCAAAGGUGCAGGCAAAGAAAGAAAAUGCAACAAAUGGAAAAUGCUGCAGAGGUUGGGGAGGCACUCCACAUGACCUCGGUGGGGAGCACAAAAGCACCAGCAGCAAUGGUGAUACGGACGCAACCAACCAUUGAGCACGAAUAUGUACCCUAGUUUCUGCAUUUGUACAAGUGCCUAACCUUUUUGAAUGGUGCCAUACACAAGCAUUCAUUCUGUCUGAACUCUGAUGGGUUUUAGGGAAGGAACCAGCUGUUAUGUCUAGCUGUGACCCUGUGGAUCAUAAAUCACUUGCUGCUUGUGACAGAAGCCUGCCCUCAAGGCCUGAGCAACCGACCGGCCACACGUAAUUUGCCGGCUGCCUACCGGGGCACAUUGUGCAGAAUGGACUUGGCCUUUUAGCUAUUCAUAUGUGGUUUCUUUCAAUUAUAGACAAUUAUUCUUUGAGGCAGAUGAUGUGAAUGCUUCCUUUCCUUCUGCAGAAAUUUUUUUUUUUUUUUUUU